ACAUCAGGAACCAAAGUGAGGAGCCCUCCGUCCACGUGGUACUCUCCUCGAAACACCGAUGUGCCUCGCCUGGCCAAGUACCAAGGGAUAUAGCACGAAGCAAUUAAUGCAUCGCAAAGAUCGUCCGUUGAGUGGAAGUCGUCCGUCAGUACCAUCACUCUUGCAGGCCACAUCUUCUCUGUAGCAAUAGUGAGUCGCUGAGCAAGUGUCUCCACAGGAAGGUCGCCGAAUUUAGUGUGGAAGAUAGCGCGUAGUCGCUCCUCGAGCUUCCAAAUGGUGCCAUGGCUGUGACAAAGUCUGGCCAUGGCCUUGGUCUCCUCGUGGAUGUCGCUCAUACUCGCGUUAGCGGCUAGACUUAGUGCAGCGAUUGCACCUCCCGAAGCUCCGGCAAAUUUGGAGCUUUCCUGGAUGUAGCCAGCAUCCUGCAGCCCCUGAGCCACGCCCAAGUGGUAUGGGAUCAAGAACCCGCAGCCGCUGAAGCUGAAGCUGCGUGCAGUCGGAGUUGCAGCAGCCGAGAAGCCCCGCGCGAGACACCGAGCAAGUCGCAUUCCUGUCUGACACUGUAAAAUAUGCCAGAAGUUAUGUCGUAGUAGCGAGGUGAGUUAUUAAAAAUAUUAGUGACAUAGUGUAGCUUUUGCGAUGAAAGUGAAGUUUGCGGUGCUUGGGGAUGCGUUCGUGGACGUCGUUGCGGGAACACUGGCGCCCGACCAGUUACCCCAGUGGGGCAGCGAUGUGGAAUGCUCGCGGCCCAUCGAGCUGCAGCCCGGUGGCUCAGCGCUCAACACUGCAACGCAUCUGGCCAACCUCAGCGUCCGCAACCCCCACCACGAGCUGGAAGUAGCGCUGCACACGGCCGUCGGGAACGACUCGUUCGCGAAUGUGUUGAAGACGCAUUUAGCCGACCGCAACGUGACACUGAGCUCUCCGAUGCUUGAUAACGUCCCCACGGGCGUUUGCAUUGUUCUUAGUGGAGCGAACGACCGUAGUUUCAUCACGCACUACGGAGCCGCUCACAGGCUCAAUAUUGAGCAUAUUGACGAGAAAAUGGUACUCUCGGCGGACCAUUUGCACAUUGGAGGGUAUUACAGCUGUGCCAGUCUCCGAGCGAAAAUGAAACCUCUGCUGCAGAAAGCGAAGGAAAACGGAAUCACCACUUCGCUCGACAUAAAUUACGACUCGACGGAGAAAUGGGACGGCCUCGAUGAGCUGUUCCCGCUGAUAGACAUAUUUUUGCCUAAUGAGAUCGAAGCCAUGAAAAUCUCUCGCACGGACUCAGUGAGCGCAGCGAUGGCGCACUUUACAGAACGGAUCAAUGGGGUGACGGUCAUUAAGGUUGGCGCUGGCGGAGCUAUCGCGUAUUGCUCCAAGACACAGCAGCAAUGGAAGCAAGGCAGUUUUCCUACGGAUGUCGUGGAUGUCACAGGUGCUGGCGACUCAUUUAACUCCGGUUUUCUUUUCGCCUGGAAAACCAAUGAUGGAGAUGUGGGUGAUGCGUUGCGGUGGGGCUGUGGAACUGCUUCGCGAACGGUUGCCGCUCUCGGAGCGUGCUCGUUCCCUCUCACAUACGAGGACGUGCAGAGUAUGGUGGCUGUUGAUAAUGCGAGAAUAUCCUCGAAGUAGGAGAUAUAAGGUAAGGAUGCAAUGAUAAGUAUACAUGAAAUGAAGAGAACUUGAAAGCGAUGAGUUAGAGUCACCACGCCGGUGACGGUUAGGCUGCAC